UGUUGAACCGUCGAAGAGAGUGGUUGAUGUUACUCGUGGUGUUGAGGAGUGACUUGAGAGGGAGAAAACAAGUGCAUCCCAUGCAUAUAUUUCCUGCUGCAGAGACAAGUGCCUCAGGUGGUGUGUCUGCUUGACGAUGGUGAACAGUGAAAACUCUGGUUAGCAUGCCAAAAUAGAGGCCGCCAUAGCGGAACUCCCUGACUACGCGAUCUUCCAGACUCUUGUUGGGCGCGCACACAGUGUGGCCGGGAUUUGUGGGGGUGAUUCAGGCGAGACGUGGUGGAAAAAUGCACAGAGUGACGAAAAUAGAGUGCAUUUGUCAGGAAAAUCGCGCGCGCGUGUGAGCAAGAGGGAAGAGUAGAGGAAUUUUCGCGCAAGAGCGAGAAGGUGUGCGUGAGAGGCUGAAGUUUUGCCAUUUCAUUCAUGGACCAUUCGGUCGGUGCAUGUGUGAGUGAGAGGGUUAUACAUUGUUUUGCAUUGGAGAUAAUCAACAUCAUUUGCUGACGUCAUGGGUCGCAGGAAAGGAGUCUCAGCCAAGGCAGCAGCGUCAAAGAAUAGCAAGAGGACGACCGAAAGUGUUGGCGUUAUCGCGAUUGAUGAUGGAAAAUUGAAAGAUGAUCCCGGUGGCAGAUUACCACGAAUGAUGGAAGGCGUGAAAGCGCUUCCAUCGCAAUCAGUCGAACUUCCGCCGAAAGCGUCGGGUGAGCAGCAGCAGCAGCAGCAGCAGCAGAAGCAGCCGGAGGGUGUGAGGAGCAGCAUAAACAACAACAAUUCAACGAGCACGACAAACUCAUCUGAUCUCAAGUACCUGCAUAAGAAGUUCAAGCGAAUUGCCAGUGCAACAGUUGAUGACUGUCUCGCGGUGCCAACGACAGAGUCCGCCUCGCGUGGCAAUAGUGAUAGGGCGCGUGCAGCGGCCGAGGAGCCGCCGGCGACUGUGAACGGUGUAGAUCGCUGUGACAUCCACGUACAGCGCGAGGAGGUGCUGCCCAAUAAGAUUCCUAUCGUGCAGAUUCAGCCGCAGGUGCAGCAGAACUCCGUGAGCUUCCAGGCCGCCGCUGACCAGAAUCCACCGAGCUCAGGGCGAAAUGUGUGCCAAUAUUGCAAUCUGAACUGUACAAAGCCGUCAGUGCUGCAGAAACAUAUCCGAUCGCAUACGAAUGAACGUCCAUAUCCAUGUGCUCCAUGUGGGAUUGCCUUCAAAACUAAGAGUAAUUUGUACAAACACUGCCGCUCCAGGGCCCACACGCUGCGCCUCCAGGGCGAGGCUCCGCCACCCGACGAGGACUUGGGCUUCACGUCGGACCAGGAGAAUGAUCUCAGCAGCAACGCCAGCGGAUCAGAUGUGGUGAGUCGAACAGCAUCGCCAAUGGACGAGAGGGUCGUGUCACCGUAUCAAAUGCCUGAGAAACCGUACAAACCCAAGUUCCACAAUGCAGCUGCCUUCUACACCAAAGAAGAAUCGACGGAGUCUUCGGUGGGUGUGCAGUGCCAAGUGGAAAGCCAAGUGCCACCGAAUACAGUGAGGAAUCUGCCUCAAACAGUGCCAUCAACCCAUCAAUCCCAUCAACUGGUGAGGAAGACACUUAGGAAGUCGUGUGAAGAUACUGGAUUAACUGUGGCGAAUGCGUUGCAGGCUAGUCAACAGGACUUGGAGCAGCACAUCUCCAAGAUUAUCUCGGAGAAUGAGGCCAUAAUGGAGGAUGUGGAGCCACCGUUGCAGAAGAAGUAUCACAAGAUCACGGGAAUUACCCGUGGCGUGAGUGUUCAGGAUGGACAAGUGGCCAAAGGUGCUGCUGUGCCGUCUGUUAAGGUACAUCGCGAGGAGGGCAAUUUGCUGGCCAAGAUGAAUGCUCACACUUCGCAAAUUAGUCAGCCGAGCGGGAGUUGUCAGCCUCCGACAGCUGCGCAGCCUCUUAAUCUCAUCAAAGCGCCGCCAGUGGUGCCGGAGAGCAGCGAACAGUUGAGGAAGAGGUGCUACAGCGAGAACUUUAGCAACACUAAUCUCACCACUGUGGCGAAUCAUCCGCAGAACCCCGAAGGAUCUAUUAUCAAGGGUCUGCUGCUAGAAUGGAAGGGCGCCACGGGCGGAGAUGGUGAGGACGCAGUCCACACGUGUCCGCUGUGCAAAAUCACCUUCCGCAGUAAGGACAAUUUGACGUACCAUUCCAUCGGUUAUUGCCAGGGGAAUCACAGCGCCCCCAUCAGUCCCGUGGGCAGUCCGUCGCACAAGUACUCGCGCAGCAACUCCAUCCAUGUCAAUCUGCCUGAGAAGUAUAAUCCCAAUUCGCUGAAGAAUCUGGCCAAAUGCACACUCAGGCAGCCACCGAGAAUGCCAUCGACACUGUCCAAGCUCGCGCAGUCACAGCUGAAGCUGCCGAAGCCCAAGCCAGAGAAGAUUGUUCUGGUGGCUUCCACGAGUCAGACGGCGGGAGUUCAGGCUCCUCUGCCGUCGCCAGGACCGCUCCUGGGAAAGACUCGGCUGGUGGAUGACAAAAGAACGGCGCAAGGAAGUGAUGAAGUUGUGAUUACACAUGUGAAUCAUGAUCCGAAGCAGAUUAAGAGACCACCGGAUCAGUCAAUCUCCUUUGCAGCUGAUCAGGAGCCUGGCGAGAAGAGAAUUCGGCUGGAGUACAAUAAUUCUUUGUACAGCAAUUCGAAGAAUCCCGCUCUGUCCCUGGUUGGUCUGGAGUACCUCAGAUCCGUGAAGGGAGCGAUGCCAAUGCCUCCCAGUGAUCCGCACACGAGUCAGAAUCGGGAGAUGUAUGGAGGGGAAUUGGAGAUGGUGAAGAAGUUCGACGGUAAGUUGAAGUAUGAGGAGGAUGGGAUAAGAAGAGACUCUUCUGGCGGAAGCAUCGUUUCUGAGUCUCCAGGAUCAGAUUCUGAGCAGAAUAUCUCUAUAAGGACGCCUGGGCUAUAUUCUGGUGGGAAGGUGGAGAAGAUAUCUACGUCGAGGGAUUCACCACCGAUAAAUCCUCUAACGCCAAGUCUGUUGGUCGCUUCGACUCUCUGUGCACCGACUCUCGUGAAGCCUGGAAUCACUCACUUUCAGUUUCCGCCCAUAAAUCCCAUCACUGCCUACAAUCCACUGACGCUGCCUCCGGUCUCUGUGGGACCUGAGCAUGCAACAACGAUUCUCCACGGCGGGAAGCUGAUACCCUUCGUUCCGGGGAUUCCAGGACCUAAUACAUCGACCCCGAUGAAGGUGGAUGUGAAGAGAACGCCCAGUCCAAGUGUGAAGAAGUCACUGAUUGGCUUGACGAAGAAAAUCGCCGAUCCACCUCUUUUCAAUGGCCACCAGCAACUCUCGCUUAGUAUCCCCAGCAUAAAGAUUGAGUCGAUGGAGGAGAAGAAUCGAGCCAGGGAGCAGCAGAGGCUGAAGACUCUGGGGAAGGUGAAACAACCAGAAGUGGCGAGGAAAAGCUUCAUUUUUGCGAGAAUUGCGGACAACUUGAGUCCCAGGAAGCCCGAGAGUGGAGCUGAAGAGGAAAAUCACUUCACAUUCGACAGCAUUCAGAAGCCCGAGGUGAAACUGGCAACUCAGCCAGUGACUGUGGAAAUUCCGGAGAAGGAAACGAUGGAGGUGCCAGAGAAACCGACGAAGUUUCUGAGACCGACAAGUUUGCCGCUGAAGCCGGGUACAUUUAUCCCGAAGAGACAUCAUGGAAUCACGCCCACGACAAACACUCUGCCUCUGAUCUCACCGGAGACGCCCAGGCCGUCCAAGACAUGCAUCCAGAUGUACAUCAACGGCCAGGCUUACACAUAUCUCGGCCUGAAAUGCAGCACGAAGCCUUUCUACUGCACAGUGAACAAGACGCAGCCCAUUUAUCUGCCUCAUCACAUCCGCACCAUUUCCAUGUACAGCCAAUGGCAGGUGUGCGCCGAGAGCAAUCCUCAUCCGCUUGGGCUCAAGCCCGACGCUGUGAUCUCGCUCUAUGACUCCCGUCAUCGGCCGAUGAACUUCACGGUGGCGCACUCGACGAAGGAGUUCAAGGAGACCAAGUCCAUCCAGUCGCAGGGCACAAUUUGCACGCCCUUCGUCAUCACGCACAAGGAUCAGACGCAGCACCACUUUCACAAGCCGCUGCCGGUGGUUGAGAAGAAGCCGGAGCGUAGCGAGAAGGAGACGACUACUCAGAAGAGCGAAGCCACAGGCGUGAGCUCAGUGCCUGGUGGAUACGAGAGCACCGAGGACUAUGAGUAUGUGAAGGGACGAGGAUUCGGACGGUACGUCUGUCAGACAUGUGGCAUUCGCUGCCGGAAGCCUUCGAUGCUGAAGAAACACAUCCGGACACACACCAACAUCCGACCGUACACUUGCCAGUACUGCGCUUUCAGUUUCAAGACGAAGGGCAACCUGACGAAGCACAUGAAGUCCAAGUCGCAUGCCAAGAAGUGCGAGGAAUUGGGAAUAAUUCCCAUUCCGAUGACAGUGUCCGAUGAGGUACUCGAUAUGGAUGCGAAUAAGGAGAGACAAGUCACUGUUCCUGGUGAUUCAGACUCUGAUGAUGAAUCAGACGGUGAUGAGCCAGACUCAGAGCUCAGUGAUGCUGACGAGUCCAAAUCUCGCUUGCAAGAGCACGAGGCCGCCAAGUGUCUGCUGUCGCUGGCCAUGACGGGCGCUUCGGAGUCUUCUGUUGAGUCGCCAGCUGUCAAAUCGCCCCAACAUCCGGCACAGUUGGCGGAAGUGCAGUCGACACAGCGCAGAGUCAUCACAUUUAACUCCCCACCGGCCAUUCUUGACUUCCCGCGCCUCGAGCAGUACUACUCGAAUCCCAACAUCCACAAAGUUGCUGUCGUUCCGCCGCCGACUGACUUUGACUACGACGACGCCGGGAAUGUUCCCAUGGAUCUCACGAAGCCACGAGAAAUUGCCGCUACGAAAGUGGCCGACGUGGUGACGACGAUGGAGCCGGCAAGUUUCCUGAUUUCCCUCGUGUCGAUAACGGACAAGAUUCCCGCCAGUUCAGUGGGCGGUAAUGCGGAGAUCGAUGGGAAUAAGCUGUUGCAGGAGUACUUGACGGAGAGAGCGCUGCAGGGGUCGAAGAUGAAGCAGUGCCAGAAGAAUGCGGAGGUGCUGAACAAUGGCAGCUUCGGUAGUCCACAGAAGGAUGUGAAGAGCGAAGGUUCGCCGGACAAGACAUCGAGCAGCAUGGAGACUCUAGCAGAAAUCGCCGCCAGCUCGAAGAAAAUCGAUGUGGUGAAGAGUUUGGGCUUCCCUGUGAGAUCUUCGAAUGAUGUGGCGAAGAAUGUGGCAUCAGAGUAUCUGAAGAUGGCCUCGAAGAGCAAGCUGCUGUUCCCGAAGGGCGACGAAGGCUUCGAGAGUGGUGCUGAAGUGCCCGAACCAGCACCUGAGGGUAAGAUUGCGAGUAUUCUGGCCAGAACGGUGGUUGUUCAGGAGAAUGGGCGCGUGACACCUGAAUUUCCAACUGGAUCGUAUUCGCCAGGGCGUCGCCUGACGAGGAUCCACGAGGACGGGCGUUCGGUGUGUGAGAUCUGCUCGAAGACGUUUCAGAAACCUUCUCAGCUGCAUCUGCACUUCAACAUUCACUUCCUGGAGCGCAAGUAUCGCUGUGAACCGUGCGCGGUGAGCUUCCGCACGCAGGGACACUUGAGGAAGCACGAGAGGAGCGACGGGCACAACAAUAAGGUGUCCAGGACGUCAACAUUCGGCGUGCCAACGACCACGAAUCCCAGACCAUUCAAGUGCAGCGACUGCAAGGUGGCGUUCAGGAUUCAUGGGCACCUGGCGAAGCACCUGCGCUCGAAGAUGCACGUGCUGCGGCUGGAGUGCCACGGGAAACUGCCCUUUGGCACGUACGCAGAGAUCGAGCGCGCGGGUAUGACGCUCACGGACAUCGACACGACGGACUGUGAGAACUCGCUGGCCAGCCUGAAGUCGCUGGCGCAGAAGCUGCACGAGAGCGACCCCACGAAGCUGGCGCAGUGGAACGCGCCCGGCAGCCGCGGUGUAGACGAGGUUGGUGAGUCGGACACGGACGAGGGCGACGAGGGCAGUCCCGACGACUCGCUGAGCGGCAACGAGAACAGCGCACUGCCCGGGAACACCAUCGAGGGCGGCAUGGGCGAGGCGGUGGCGCUGAAGAGAAAGGCUCCGGACGCGGAGCAGGCGCUCGCGGCCGCCGAGGUGGCCACGUUACCAGAGAAAAGACUUAAGAGUGCAUCGUUUGACACGUAGUGCCAAAUUUACUGGGGCCUCGUUUGGAGGCCAAUCCAUAUAUAGACCAUAAAUGCACCGUUGCCUCCUUCUGUUCAAACUCGUGAUAGUAAUUUUAUUGAGUGUGUGUGUGUGUUUAUCGGAUAUUCCUUCUUUUUGCAAACUUACAAAUUCUUCUGCCCCGCUAAUCCUGUGGCUACUCAUGAGAAUUUGAAAUGUGCUUUGGUAUUUGAUAGCUUUAAAGGUCCCUUUUUUGCGUUAUAUACUUUCAAUUUGAUCAUAUUGAAAUGAUUGUAAUUUCGCCCUAUUUUGUUGCUCCUUUUUUCGCCCUAUAAUCUUUUUAUUUUUGUGUUUAUUAGUAGCUGCAAACUGGUGCAAUCACACAGAAUUAUAUUGAACGAAGAGAAUUACAGCAUGAGAUGAAAUGUUUAUAGAUAGGAAUGACUAUAAUGAAGAAGAUAUCAAUUAAGACAUAUUCAAGUAAUAGGAAUGAUGAGAAAGUAGAAAAAAAGCCACAGAGGAAUUUUUUUGAGAAAAUAUUUCUACUCUAUUGAAUAUUUAAAUUAAAUUGUAGUCUGUAUUUUUAUAUAUUACUAUAGAAAUAUGGAGAUAAAUAUGGUUAGAGAGUAAAAA